UCGCUCAGACGCAGUUCGACAUCUGUAUUGACAUAACGUGUCUGUUCAAAUAAUAACAAAACAUAUUAUAAACUAAAAAUAAUAAUAACUUUAGAUAAUAAAUAAACUUAAAUAGUGUUAAAGUUAAUAAAUAAGUGAAGAUUUGUGAUUGUAAUUAAAAAUACUGAGCAAAGAAAACAGACUUUUAUACCUAAUUGACAAUUACGCGUUCGGUUUUCGAAAUUUUGUUUUGGUGUCGUGUUUUGUUUUUUUUUUAAGUUUUUUUUUAUUGGAAUAAGUGUGUUGUGAUUUUAGUAUGGACGUUUAAAAAUACUAACUUUUCUUGUGUUUAAUUGUUUAAUGGUGGACUUAUUAUAGACUAAUGAUUAUUUAAUUGUGUGCCAUUAAGAUCUCCGUGUAAGAUAAUAAUGCCAUCAUGGGCCGUGGUCGCGUCAUCACCGCUCUCCUACUGCUCUCGGUGAUCACAAUCACCACGGGACAGUAUUACGAUAUAUUACAAGGAUUACAACAACUGUUUCAACAUCCGAACACAGACUUAACAAACCAAUACAAUGGGCUACCCCACUCUCAAACUACUCACAAACAAGAAACAAGAAAGAAACAAAACGAACACAGGCAAACAGAAGAAAGACGGACUAAAAAGCCGCCUAUAAACCAAUAUGACUACAUAUUUUCAACUACUCAGAAGUCUGUCAAAAAGAAUAAAACUAUUUCUAGUCACAAUAACUCUAGAAGUCUUACUAAUAAGAAUCAGUAUAGUAACAUACUUUUAGCUGAGUAUUUUAAUCCUUUUGAUGUAACUACUAAAUCAAAUAGGUAUAAAACAACAACAACUAGGGUAAAUCCUAACAACUACUACAACAACGAUGAUUUUAACAGAGGAACUACUGAGAAUGUUUUUGCUAACAAUUUUGAUGGCAACAGGCCCGUUACAGAAAAUGUUUUUGAAAAUAUCAACCGUGGAGAGAGUAACGUUCAGCAAGGGCAUGUGUAUGAGAAUGAAAAUACUCGCAGACCUGCUAAUUUGUUAAAUAAUAAUGGGCAAAAUAAUGUUUAUGAAAGCAAUGUGGCUGGGGGUAACAGAGUUUACCCCCAAAACAAUCAAAAUAGAGGUAAUAACAAUAAUAAUAGAGGUAAUCUAAACACUGAUUUUAGUUACGAGAUACCUAGCGUUACAGCCAAUAAUAGGAAUCCAACAGUUGAUAGACCAAACAGGGUAAAUGGUAACAACGGUUAUCUAAACACAGAUUUUAAUCCUGAAGAUUAUGUGAAACCACAAGUGAACGAAUACAUACCAAAACCGAACAACAGAGUUCAGAAUCAAUUUGAAAGCAAUGUUGGUAACAAUUUUAACAACGGAGAGGUAAAUUAUAACAACAGGGUAAAUUAUAACAACCAGGGUAAUUUUGACCCUGACAGGAUCACUUUUGAGUACCCAUCUGACACCCCUUUGACAAACCAGCCGGGGGUUCAACCAGCUCCCGUUGAUACUGGUCUACCGCCUAUUACAAAUAGGCCAGUGACAGAUAGGAAUGUGUAUGACAAUAGGCCAUCAGACUCUUCAGUGAAUUAUGAUGAUCAGCCUGAGAUCCUGAUAGGACCUGAUGAAGAUGAUAUGAGUGAGCGAGAGAAGAGGGGAUAUAUUCAACUGGCUGAGAAAAUGUGUGACCGCUACAAAGCACUAACAGUGAAGAAGGUGGUAGCCCUACCACUCUUACCAUCACCGGAUCCUGUCACCGUGAAUGUGUCAGAUUGCACUCCUGUCAACGUGCCUCUGAUCAUUGGCGGUAGCGUCGUCAGCAUACGGGACUUUCCUCAUAUGGCGCUGGUCGGCUGGCUGAAGACCAGGCAAGCCGGCUACUCGUGGAAGUGUGGGGGUUCCCUCAUCAGCAACCAGUACAUCCUGACUGCUGGACACUGCACCUACCAGGAUAAGGACUAUGAUGCUGUCAGCGGUCCUCCCCAAGCGGUGCAGCUAGGCUCAUCCUACCUGGACGACCCAGGAGCGUUAGUGGUGAAGGUCGCAGCCGUCAUCAGGCAUCCCAAGUACAAGCAGAGAAGAUCCUACCAUGAUGUGGCACUCAUCAGGAUGGCUAAUACUGUCACGUUUUCAGAAGUGAUACGUCCGGCGUGUUUGGGAGAUCCCCCGCCGGAGGGCAGUCGCAUCAUUGCAACUGGUUGGGGGAGAACGGAGUUCGGAGGAGAUCACUCGGAAGAACUCCGUAGCGUCUCCCUCUCAGUAUGGAAUAUGGCGGACUGCCGCGAGAUUUGGGGGACUUCGCUCAAACUCCCCAACGGGGUAACGCCUGACAGCCACAUGUGUGCCGGGGAGAAGAACGGGGGAAAGGAUACAUGUCAGGGUGACUCCGGCGGCCCAGUCCAAGUCCAAGACUCGUGCUUGUGGCGCGUGGUAGGCGUGACGUCAGUGGGGCGCGCAUGCGCCGCGCCGCUCACGCCGGCGCUGUACGCGCGCAUCUCCACCGCCGCCGUCGCCGCCGCCGCCUUCACGCAAUAAACGAGAACCACGACAA